AUGAGUGCAUCGACGUUCGCCGACGCCUCUGUCUCGCGCGAAGCCCAGAGUUCUGACUUUGACCUCACCAUUCGCCAGCAGCCCGACCGGGCGCGCGUGGCCGGGGGCAAAGAGAAAGAACGCAAGCCCAUCGAUCCUCCCCCGAUCGUCCAGCUCCGGGUGCGAGAGGAGGGUUCUUAUCUGGCGCUACACUACCUGCAAAGCCCCUACUAUUUUAUGACCUGUAGCUUGUACGAUGCUUCCGAUGAUCGUCCCGUGCCUGUCGCUCCGUCGACAGCGUUAGCUGGAACGCUGGUUUCGUCCCUUCACCGAUUGAAAGAUGUUGACAACAGCGAUGGAGGCUUCUUCGUCUUUGGAGACUUGUCCGUCAAGAUCGAGGGCGAAUUCCGCCUAAAGUUCUCGUUGUUCGAGAUGCGCAAGCAACAAGUCAUCUACCUCAAAACAAUUAUCUCAGACCGAUUUAGAGUCUCGCCUCCAAAGAACUUCCCCGGCAUGAUGGAGUCCACCUUCCUCUCACGCUCCUUUGCGGACCAGGGAGUCAAGCUACGUAUUCGCAAGGAGCCACGGACCAUGAUGAAACGCUCAGCGCCUCGGCCAGACGAGUUCCCGCAAGCGAUUCCUCCUCGAUCGCCAGAUCGUCACUCCGAGUCGAGACUAUACUUAUUACCAGCCCCCGUCAAGCGACACCGCACCUCAAUGGACUAUGGGCGCCAGAGUAUCUACGACGCGGAUGGCCGAAUGGCUCGCCCGAUGGAUCCGUACACACAGCCGGCCAAUAUCUAUGCGGGCCAGCCGGCACCAUACCAGACACCUAUGCAGUCUUAUCCAACCAGUCAAGUGGUGCCAGACUAUGGGAUGUACUCCGGUCUACCGCCGUCAGCUCCUCUGUCUCAAAUGCCUGAUCCCUCGGCACAGGCUCGUUCCAGUCAGAAUGCCGCAGUGGGACAGCUGAUGGCGAUGAACCAGCCCGUCUCCGGAUUCGACAGGAGCGAUGAUGGCUCAGGGAUACCCCCGGUCUGCGUAUUCGACGAGUUCUACGAUCCUUCCCCCGCUACAACGGAAUCGCAACUACCCCCGGGCACCAACGGGAGCUACUAUGAUCCAAGCUCGCUCUCCGCUACCCCGAUUCUUCCCUCUCAAAUGCCCGAAGGCGCGGCCGGUCCGGCAGUCUUUGAUCCCCCGGGGUCUGCGAACGGGACUCCUCGAUGA